AUGCUUUUUGCUACCAUAGCUACCAGAGAAGACAAUUAUGUUGUAGAGCCAGCAUGGCGUCACUUGGAUGAGCAAAGCAAUGCAAAUUCAAUGAUAUUCUACAGGGAAUCUGAUGUAAUAAAUGAAAAUGGAAGGAACGGCACACUCUUAGGACAAAGUGCCUUCACCAAAUGUGGAAAUGAAGAGAAAAGUAAAAUUCUUCCCAGGAUUGGUUUCGCCAGUUUCCAUGAUCGAAAACGUAGGGAGGUAUCAGGGACUAAGUCAGCAUGCCCUUUGCUUCUUGUUGCAGACUUCCGAUUCCAUCAAGUUUUUGGUAAUAGUCAACCUCUGAAAACAGCUAAUUAUAUGAUUGCAGUAAUUGAAAGAGUAAAUAACUUAUUCCAUUCCACUGACUGGAAUAACAGUGAAUUGAAAGAGUUGGGAUUUAUUAUUGAAGAAAUUCAAAUCCAUUCUUCUCCAACAACUGUCCCAAAUGGUAAUAUUCACUACAACAUGAAAGGACACAUCUGGGAACCGACUGAAUUAUUAAAAGCAUUCAGCAGAGGUUCACAGCAUGGAAGAUUCUGUCUGUCUCACUUAUUUACUUAUCAAUCUUUUAGCGAUAAUGUUGUUGGCCUGGCAUAUACAGCUUCACCCAGACCUGACAUAGCAGGAGGAAUCUGUUCUCCAUUGGUGAAAUCUGGAGAGCAAUUUUGCAUCUAUCUAUCUAUCUAUCUAUCUAUCUAUCUAUCUAUCUAUCUAUCUAUCUAUCUAUCUAUCUAUGUGUGUACACAUUUUAUCAAUUACUGUAAAUGUCUGUCUAAUCUGUUCUCAUGA